GGUUGACAUUGUUUCCCUUUAUGUCUGAAUCAUGUCCUUUUUUACUGAAAAGCUUAAUGCCUUAGUUAUGCUAUUUCCCACAAAACGACGACAAAAUGUGGCCGUAGCACUUUCUCAACACCCGAAAAGAAAGAAGCUAAAGCCAUAAAAGUUGGCUAAUCAAGAUCCGAUCAUUUAAACUUUUAACUUUCAAUCUUCCUGUUGGAUUAGCUACCUACUCGUGUUUUAGAAGCCCAUGCCACUUCUUGAUCAAACAUCCACCCGUCUCUUUUUCCUUUCCCUUUCUCUCUAUAGCAGAACAGAGUCUUUGCCCUGUUUCUUUUCACAGGCCACUACUGAAGCACAGCUAUUGGGUUUUCUUUUUUGUUAGGUUUUCUCCCCCGCAUAUUUGACUGCGUUUUUUUCUUUGUAUUCAUUGAUCUAUAUUUCAUUUCCUUUCUCUUUCGAUAUUUACAUUUUUUAAUAACGCAGAAGAUUUUCUGGGUUAUUAUUUGUUGGAGUUAACUCUUACAUGUUUUCUAUUACAAAAAUAAAGCUUUUAUUAUGUUGAUGGAACAAGCACUAGGCUUUGGCCAAACUAGUUGAACUACUACUGGGGAGUGAGUAAAGACUAGGACAAGCCAAGCGUUUAUUGUUACUAGUUAGGACGGUGUAAAAGGCAUCAUCUUUUCCUCCCUCCUUUAUGACGUGUGGGCGUUAUGGAAUAAAGAAUCUUAUACUUAUUUUCUUCCAUUUAAAUUAAAACUCAGUUGCUAUUCCGUUUUAUGAGAUCAGAAUUCAUCAGAUGUUAUUCUGUCUUCUUCUGAAAGUUUGUAGCAGUUUGUUGAAUCAUGCUUCUUCCGUUGAUUUAACUUUGUAAAUUGCGUGAACAAGUCUAAACCUUUACUGCUUUUUAUACGAAUGCAAGUUAACUCUCGAGGAAUCGAUCCAUAAGGAAAAGGCUAGUUAAUGGUGAUUUUGAUGUCAACAGAUCUGAUGGAAUAAAAUGAAACCUGGUGGGUGGGUCUUCUCAGGCGUGGUGUCCCAGGCCUCAUCCGUGCAUGUGAUUUUGCAGCACUAUCUUCUGUUCCCCUAAUUUUUUUUCCAUUAUAGCAUCUAAUACCAGGUCCAGGCACUUCGCAAUGUUCAUCUCAUGUCAAUGACAUUGCUGCAGCUGUAAUUCACUGCUGAUUCUUGUGAUCCAGGCAUGCAUGCUCUGUUAGCGGCUUGACUUGCAGUCUUGAAGGUGUUAUCUUUGACUGUAACUGUCUGGUUAUUUUUGGGUGGGGAGGAACUGGAAGCAUAUUUUCUCUGCAAAUUUCUUUCACUGCUAAGUUGAAUAGGUCCCAAAUCUUACGCAACGUAAUGCUGGUUGACCUAGGUUGUUAGAUUCUAGUAUUAGUCACAAUGUUUAGUAGAUGGAGCAGUUCACAUCACAACAAGGAGAAUGAUUCUUUGCAGCAAGAAUCCAAGAUCAAGGAGCUUCGAGCUGCAAUCGGACCACUGUCUGGUCGAAGUUUGAAAUAUUGUACUGAUGCCUGCUUGAGGAGAUACUUGGAGGCAAGAAACUGGAAUGCUGAUAAAUCGAAGAAAAUGCUGGAAGAGACCCUAAAAUGGAGAUCCACCUAUAAGCCUGAGGAAAUACGUUGGCACAAAGUUGCAGUGGAAGGCGAGACUGGAAAAGUAUACAGGGCAAGCUUUCAUGACCGACAUGGUAGAACAGUUCUUAUACUGCGACCAGGAAAGCAGAACACCACAUCGUUGGACAAUCAGCUUCGCCAUUUGGUGUAUCUGAUAGAGAAUGCAAUCCUAAACCUUCCAGAGACCCAAGAACAGAUGGCAUGGUUGAUAGACUUUACUGGGUGGACAUUGAGCACGAGCGUGCCCAUCAAGUCGGCUCGCGACACUAUUAAUCUAUUACAAAACCACUACCCCGAGAGGUUGGUUAUAGCAUUUCUCUACAAUCCCCCAAGAAUUUUUGAAGCAUUCUGGAAGAUUGUUAAGUACUUCAUGGAUGCAAAAACCUUCCAAAAGGUGAAGUUUGUGUACCCUAAGAAUACAGAGAGCGUGGAGCUGAUGAGAUCGUAUUUUGACGAGGAAAAUCUACCGACCGAAUUUGGAGGAAAGGCUGUAUUGGAGUACAACCAUGAAGAAUUCUCGAAACAGAUGAACCAGGAUGAUAUCAAGUCUGCCAAUUUGUGGGGAUUUGAUGAUAAACUCCAAUGUAUUGGCAACGGGCACUCUGGAUCCGAUGUUGCUCCAGAGCCAGUCUGCCUUGCACCAUCAGCCAGUUGAUCUACCUGCCUUAUGCCAAUUAUGUAGGAAUAAAAUUCAUAUAUACAUAUCUAUAUUGUCUAUGCAACUGAAGAGUGAGCUGCAGGUAGGAAGCAGUGAAAUGUCCUUUUUGACUAACAGGGGCUACCCCUGCGAGUGAUGCAUGGGGAUUAUUUUCUGUCAUUCCCCCGAUGAUGUACGGUACCUGCCACCGCCUUUACCCUCCUAUAUCUAGUAAAGAGAAACAUGCAUGUGAGAUGCCUACAAGGAAGUUGCCAAAUCCAAACCUAACACGUAAAACAUAGUAAGAUUUUGUGAAUUUGAUUCUUUCCCAAAAAAGCAUGAAAUUCUGCUACAAGAAGAAAAACGAGCCACUACAAAGUAAGCCCACAGCAGGUUGGAGAUGCAAAUAAGCUUUGAUGGCUGAAGUUUAGGGUCUAAAAGGAAUCAAGGUUUGAGCCUUGAGGCUCAUCCAUGAAAUUCAGUUCAGUGUGAUUUAUGAUAGUACUUGAAUUUGAUAAUGAUGUCUUGAAAAAUAA